AUGAUUAUCCCCAUCAGAUGCUUCUCAUGCAACAAACCCAUCGCCAACAAGUGGGAGCCCUACGUGGCGCUUUUGAACGAAGGUGUGUCUGAAGGAGAAGCAUUACAACGCGUCGGCUGCGAAAGAUACUGCUGCAAAAGAAUGCUGCUCGGUCAUGUCGACAUUAUAGAGCGUUUGCUCAUGUAUAACCGUACGGCGUCCAUCCAACACACACCUCACACAGCCAACCGCCUGGCCGAGCCAGCCCCUCUCCUCUCUAACCACUCAACCAGCCACCUGGCCGAGCCAGCCCAUCUCCUUCCUCUCUAA